AUGGGUCAGCGCCUGAGCGAAGAAGGUGACCCAGACAAGGAAAUCGACGUUGCGGAGCUGCAGGAGUGGUAUAAAAAAUUUGUCGUGGAGUGCCCGAGUGGAACUCUGUUCAUGCAUGAAUUCAAGAGCUUCUUUGGUGUCACUGAGAACAAGGAGGCUGCAGACUACAUUGAAAAUAUGUUUCGGGCCUUUGACAAAAACGGGGUAAGAAACAACUUCUGCUUAAGUCGUAAAAGUUAAAGCUUGUCAGAAAUCAUUCUAGUCUUUUGUGUCUCUUAUCACACACACAUUAGCAUUCAGCUUUUAUCAAUUAGGAUUAGGAAUAAAUAAAAAUAGCAAAUUGAUGUAAUGUGUAAGGUAAUAAACGAAAAGUGAUGUAAACAGCUUCUAAGAUAUGAUUGUUUUUCAGUCCAUUUAUUUAGUAUUCAUAAUAAAGUUAAGAAAUAUUUGCCAAAGAGUGCAACUAAACAACUUUUCAUAAUAUUGUAACCCUUUCUUUCACUUCCAGGAUAACACCAUCGAUUUCCUGGAGUAUGUGGCAGCCUUGAACUUAGUCCUGAGGGGUAAACUGGAACACAAGCUCAAAUGGACUUUCAAAAUGUACGACAAAGACGGGAGUGGAUGCAUUGAUAAGACGGAGCUACUUGAAAUCGUGGAGGUAAGACCAGCUAUGAUUCAGCAGCCUUCAGCGUUUAUUAAACUGUAAAACCUUUCAUCACGUUUGUUAUAAAUUGGGGUCGAUGCAGGGGUAGCUUUAACAUUUCCUGUCACUCUCAGUCUAUUUAUCGACUGAAGAAAGCCUGCCAUGGAGAGCUUGAUGAAGAGUGCAAUCUGCUGACCCCAGACCAAGUGGUGGACCGCAUAUUUGAGCUGGUUGAUGAAAAUGGAGAUGGUGAGUGUUUUUAACAGUUUUCUGACAGCUUGAAAUGCUUCAUGAAUCAUUCAAAAGGUCAUCAUUCAGGUUUGUGUCAAGCUUCUGGAAGAGCUUUGCUGAGUGAUAUGUUUUAAGCGUGCUUGUGGUCAUUUUUUGCUGGUGGGUAUGGCUGAAUCUUUAUCCUCUUCUUAACAAAACACCAUCCCAAAGAGAGUAUAUUUCCUGUCAUUUAGGGGAGCUUUCUCUGGAUGAGUUCAUUGACGGAGCGCGGAGGGACAAGUGGGUGAUGAAGAUGCUGCAGAUGGAUGUCAACCCCGGGGACUGGAUCAAUGAGCGAAGGCGCAGUGCUAAUUUUUAACUAAGUCAUGGAUUGUCAAUCUGGCACAUAAACAUAAC